AUGAGCGGCGAUGGGGGCCUUUCCUUUGGGGCGGCCACUGAAGGUUACGAGGAUGAUCCGCAGGCCAGAUUGUGCAACGAGGUUUGCGUGGAGGUUUUCAAGAUCUUGCAGGACAUGAAGAAUCCUGUGAUGUCGUCCGAAAAGGGCCUGUACGUCUUCGAGAUAGGUUCCGGAACCGGCGGCACCUCUUCCUUCGUGCUGCCGGUGCUAAAUCCGCACAGUUCCAGGUAUGUUUUCAGCGACCUGUCGCAAGCAUUCCUGACCAACGCUCGAGCACGAUUUUCGAGGUUCUCCUUCAUAGAGUACUCCAUCUUCAACGGCGACAAGCAUCCUGGUGAUCAGGGCUUCAACAGCCACGAGAUCAGCGCGAUCUUGGCCACGAAUGUGAUCCACGCCACCAUGCACUUAGCCUCUACCAUGGCAACGAUCCAUGUGCUGCUGCGGCCGGGUGGACACAUCGUGUUCAACGAGGUGCAGAAUCCAGGAACGCUCAUUGAGGAUCUCACCUACGGCCUGACGGAUGGUUGGUGGAUGCUGACGGACACCGAAAGGCGGGUGACAUAUCCGCUGCUUCGGGUAGCCGAGUGGCAGACCCUCUUCACCCAGUGUGGCUUCAAGAACGUCUGGACCACGCCUGACGAGGGCCACAUCUUCAGCCAGCAAGCCAUCCUUGUGGCGCAGUGCGGAACCUUAGUCAAGCCGACAUAUCUCAGCCCAGAACCCCUUCUUCGAGCAGAUCCGAAUGCGUCCUACUUGAUCACCGGGGCCGUGGGCGGAUUGGGCCUGAUUGCGGCACUGAUCCUCCUUGAGUGGGGUGGGGGACUCGUUCUCGGGUGCCUGAAGGAUCCUCCUGAUGCUUUUCUUGUCCUUUACCUUCCCAACAACUGGGUCCAGUAG